GUACGGCCCCACACAACGAAAGAAAUCCAACUCCCGUCGCCCUAUACCCCGCAUAACGCCGUCAAGAUGUCUAAUGUCGCAGGACGCACCGACUGGGCCGAAGAGGACGACGAUGACCAGGUCGCCCUCCCCGCGCCCCAGGUGACGAAGAACAAGGACGGCACCGAGACGAUUGUGACGUACAUUAUGCGCGAGGACGGCAAGAAGAUCAAGACGACGCGGCGGAUCAAGAAGACGGUCGUGAAGACGACGGUGAACCCGCGCGUCGCCGAGCGCAAACAGUGGGCCAAGUUCGGGCAGGAAGCCAACAAGCCCUCCGGGCCGCAGAGCGACACGACGUCGGUGGCGGAGAACAUAGUCUUCCGGCCGCAGGCCAACUGGAAGGCGUCGGCGGACGACAAGAGCGAGCACGAGAAGAAGAAGGCCAACCUCAAGGACGCCAAGAUCAAGUGUCGUAUUUGCAGCGGCGACCAUUGGACCACCAAGUGUCCCUUCAAGGACACCAUGGCGCCCGAGGGCGAGGCCGGUGCCGGCGUUGGCGACCUCGAUGAGCCUGAGGCUGCUGGUGCCCUGGGCGGUGGUGGCAGCAGCUACGUGCCGCCGCAUCUGCGCAACCGCGCCGGUGGGGCGGUGGGCGAGAAGAUGGGCGGCAAGUACGAGCGCGACGAUCUCGCCACCCUGCGUGUCACCAACGUCAGCGAAUUCACCGAGGAGCAGGACCUGCGCGACAUCUUCUCCCGCUUCGGCCACGUCACCAGAGUCUUCCUGGCCAAGGACCGCGAGACGGGCCGCGCCAAGGGCUUUGCCUUUGUCAGUUUCGCCGACAGGGACGACGCCAAGACGGCAUGCGAGAAGGUGGAUGGAUACGGUCUCGGCCACCUUAUCCUGCGCGUCGAGUUUGCGAAGAAGUCUACUUAGCUUGCGGUUACCCCGAGAAUGUGCAUCAUGUAUGGCGUUGGCUCUUUCAUCUGCUCUCAGAUGGUUAUGUCUUUCUUCUUUUGGGAGAUGACUGGUCCACUUUAGAUUUGCUGUUGCGUGCACCCAAAAAUCAACGACCUCGUAGCUUCAGCGUCCUGCCCAAGUCGUUCCAUUUCUGCGCACGAGUCCAGCUUCCUCGGCUCAGCGAAAUCACGCCGCCGUUUUGUCCAGUGCUGUUGAAAUUGGCAGUCUUCAGCGCAAAUUUACAGUGCGGCAGUACCUUAUAGAUUCACAUUCAGUCUGAGAAAGAGAACAGGCACGCUGUUCAUUUUCCGGCG